AUGGCGACAUCGAACAAUCCAGAACCAUUAUCAUUUGAAGUUAUUUAUGACAUUGUCAAACGUAAUGACAAAACACAAUGGGAUCUUGUUUAUCGUACCUUAUUAGUUAAAUCAAAUUAUUUAACACUAAUACCAGAUAAUGGCAAUUAUUCAAUUCUUCAUUAUCUUGUUAUGCAUGGUUUAUUGGAUUUAUUUAAUAAAGUUAUAGCCAUACCAAAUAUACGUUUUAUUCUUUUAACAAAAACGGCAACAAAACCAGCAAAAGAUAUUCUUCAAAUAUCAAGUGAAAAUCAAAACAAAUCUGAUACUCAUAAAAAAUUAUAUGAGACAAUACAACGUCUUGUUGAAAUGGAUAAAUUUGUUGAACAUGCAAAAAAUAAUCACAUAAGUGAAUGUAGAAAAAUGCUGCAACAAGAUGAAGAUUUAGCUAAUCUAAAACCACCAUAUAGAAAAUAUUACUUAAUUCAUCAUUUAGCUUAUGCUAAUAAUAAAGGCGCAUUUGAUCAACUUCAUAAUAUGUGUACUUUUGACAUGAAAUUAUUAACAAAUGAUAAAAAAACAGCAUCAGAAGUUGCCAUUG